AUGGUCAAGGUUGAAAUUGUUCAAGAGCAGGACGACGUCAAGCGCGCCUCGCCGUACUCCUCCCCGACGUCCUCCGCCGCGUCCUCCUCCGUCUCCGUGGACUCGGUCGACUCGGAUGUUCCCGAGAACGAGACGUUCGCUGAGCGUCUCGCUGCGUUGAAGGACAUUGUACCGCCAACAACCCGCCACAACAUCGCCAACAAGCUUUCCGCGUCUGGCAGCUUUUUGAAGCGGUCCAGCAAGGUCGUUGGCAACAUCGUCUGGGUUCUCACCACCUCCGCACUACUCGUCGGCCUACCAAUGGCUCUCAGUCUCGAGGGCGAGGCGGCGGUCAUUGAGCAGGAGAAGGCGAUGUUGGCACAGGGCGGUCAACAGAUGAUGCCUGGCGGUGGCUUGUACCCGCCACAAUCCGGCGGCCUUCCGCCUGCACAGGGCGGACAGGGCGGUCUUGUACCUCCUGGAUUCUGA